GUGUUCACCUCAUCCGAACGAUUGAUCAAGCCUUUUGCUCUCACUGCAGUUUCGUUUUCAAAUAGUUUUUUUUUUUUUCUCAAAUCUUAUCAUUGUCGCGGGUUUUAUCAAGUGUGGGGGGGUGAAUUUCGCGUUCCUGGAUUUUGCUUCUUUUUUCGAAAGAGGACAAGGUGCCGGAGAAGGAACUAAAAGCGAGAGUGUUCAAUAAAAGUGGUUGUUCGGUUUUUUUUUUUUUUGUGUGGAUAAUUUCAAACUCGUGCAUCCCUGGAUAAUUAUAACAUCUGACAAUCGACGGAUAUCGGUCUCUUCAAAUUUUUACUCCUCGUUUUGAUACCUGUGGCGUAGCGUCGUCGAUCCGUUUGCUUCUCCUUCGGGAUCUCGUCUACAAUGGUGGCCGGUGCUAAAAUGACGAACGUGAGGGUGACGACGAUGGACGCGGAACUCGAGUUCGCGAUCCAGCAGACGACGACAGGGAAACAACUCUUCGACCAGGUUGUCAAGACCAUCGGUCUAAGGGAGGUCUGGUUUUUCGGUCUGCAGUACACAGACAGCAAGGGCGAUCUCACGUGGAUUAAGCUCUACAAAAAGGUGAUGAAUCAAGACGUGAAGAAGGAGAACCCGCUGCAAUUCAAAUUCCGUGCCAAAUUCUACCCAGAAGAUGUUGCCGAGGAAAUUAUUCAGGACAUCACGCUUCGUCUCUUCUACCUUCAGGUGAAAAAUACGAUCUUGACGGACGAAAUUUACUGCCCACCGGAGACGUCGGUACUUUUGGCGUCGUACGCGGUUCAAGCUCGUCACGGUGACUUUGUAAAGAGUACUCAUAGUUCUGGAUUUUUGGCAAAUGAUCGUUUGUUACCGCAACGUGUUAUGGAUCAGCACAAAAUGAGCCAGGAUGAAUGGGAAGGAUCCGUCACAACUUGGUGGCAGGAACACCGGGGAAUGCUUCGUGAAGAUGCAAUGAUGGAGUAUCUCAAGAUCGCUCAGGAUUUGGAAAUGUACGGAGUGAAUUACUUCGAAAUUCGCAACAAGAAGGGUACCGAACUUUGGCUCGGUGUCGACGCUCUUGGUCUAAAUAUUUAUGAAAAAGAUGACAAACUGACGCCGAAAAUCGGCUUUCCGUGGUCAGAGAUCCGCAAUAUUUCCUUCAAUGAUAGAAAGUUUAUCAUUAAACCAAUCGAUAAGAAAGCUCCAGACUUCGUAUUCUUUGCACCUAGAGUUAGGAUUAACAAGAGAAUUUUGGCACUAUGUAUGGGCAAUCACGAUUUGUACAUGCGAAGACGUAAGCCCGAUACCAUUGAUGUUCAACAAAUGAAGGCACAAGCCCGUGAGGAGAAAAUUGCUAAGCAACAGCAGAGAGAAAAGCUUCAGUUGGAGAUAGCUGCGAGAGAACGAGCUGAAAAGAAACAGCAGGAGUACGAGGAAAGGCUGAGGAGUAUGGCUGAAGAGAUGGAGAGACGGCAAGCUGAAUUAUCAGAAGCUCAGGAAAUGAUUAGACGUUUAGAGGAACAGUUGAAACAGCUUCAAGCCGCUAAAGAAGAGCUUGAAGAUCGUCAGAAGGAACUGACGGUGAUGAUGGAGAAACUAGAACGCUCGCAAGAAAUGGAACUUGCUGAACGUAUGAAGCUGGAACAGGAAAUUAGAGCGAAGCAGGAGGAGGUUCAACGCAUUCAAUCUGAAGUUGAAAUGAAAGAUGCGGAGGCUCGAAGACUUCAAGAAGAAGUAGAGGCAGCCAGAAUACGACAAGAGGAGGCUGAUAGGGCAUUCCAAGCCAGUUCGACUCCCCAGCAUCAUCAUGUUGAAGAAAACGAAGAAGAGGGAGAGGAAGAGGGAGAAGAUGAAUCGCCUCAGGGUCAAGUUACUAAAGAUCUUGCUACUGACGAAUCGAUUAUCGAUCCAGUUGAAGAGCGACGUACUUUGGCAGAAAGAAAUGAACGACUGCACGAUCAAUUGAAGGCUUUGAAACAGGACUUGGCUCAGUCUCGUGACGAAACCAAGGAAACUGCAAUGGACAAAAUUCACAGGGAAAACGUACGCCAAGGACGUGAUAAAUACAAAACGCUACGUGAGAUUCGCAAGGGCAAUACUAAACGUCGUGUUGACCAGUUUGAGAACAUGUAGAUUAUACCUAAUCUUUUCUCUUAAUUACACCCCCUAAUAUCUAUGUUAUUAUGAACUUCCAUCCUUACGAUUUACUUUUAUUUCACGUACACUAAAACAAAACUUAGGAUUUUACAAUUCAGCGUUGUUUUUUUUCGUUGCAUCGCUAAAGUUUGUAAAAAAGCAGUGCUUGUGAAAUCAGUUUUGUCGGCCAUUUUGUAUAAGUGAUUAGUUUGUGGUGUAUUUUGUAUAGUGUAUAGUGGCAGAUUACAACCUGAACGGCUUUCUAAGCGUAGUAGGUGAUACUUUCGUUCGUUAUGAUUAUACUUCACUUGUUAUUAAAUUCCACUUUCUUAUAGAAAUUUCUCAAUAGCUAAUGAUUUACGUAUUCUCAUGUCAUCAACUUUCGGCAGAUAAUUAUUUUUUCAGCGGUUUCUUUCGAAUCUUAAGUUUGUGUACCAUACAAUAAGCCGUGCUCUCAUCUUAUUUCGUUUGAUGCCGUAUUUAUUUUUUAAACUCUCACUCUUCCAAAAUGGCCAUACAUUACACAUCCAUAAUUUUUUUCUUACUCCGGCUCUAUGGAUGGCCAAUGCUUCUAAUUUACUCACUACAUGUAAACAUCGAAACACAAUCUGUUUGCUUUUUUCCCCAUCAUCUAUACAUCGCAAUAGCUCUAACAAGAUCUAUUACGAUGUAAUCCGUUACCUACAGAUUUUUAUAAAAUUGUUAGAAUACUGCAAGGAACAGCUGUAUUUCUUGUAAAAUUUAUUUUUUCUGAUAAAAACCAUUAUGGCUGAUACGCCUUGCCGGCCAUUAAAUAAUAACGACGUGUAUACUUUUUUUCUUAUACCUGUCUCGUCUGCCACCUUAUUCGCUGUCCAUAUAUCGCCCUUUCGGUUCUUAAUAAUCAUAGGCUUCUACCCCGAUAUUUAAAUAUUACGUUACAAAAUGCGUGUUUAUCCAAAUACACUGACAUUGGUUGUAGUUGUUGUUUUUUUUUUUUAUCUUCUACUCGGACCAUUUUCAACUUGAACAGAGAAUUUCACUUGUUAUUUGCAGUAAUUUUUUCUCAAAUUUCGACAUUAAUUUUUAUUGACUGUCUGAAAGGUUAUAAGAGAAUAAUUUUUCAUCGCGUUGUUCACCCUGCUCCACGACAUGCAUUAUAAAUCAUUUUUAUAGAAGAUAUUUACACGUAUAGAUUGAGUAAAUUAAUGCAUGUCAUUGAGUUGUAAAUGGAGUUUUGAUAAAUUUUCACAAAUGUACUAUCAUGACGAUCAUGCUAUCUUUUAUACGUAAUUUUACAACAGCUUUCGUCGAAAAUUGAACUCUGUACGAUAAUCUUCGAAUCCCCAAACAAGAUCGUAUUUUCAUUGUGUUAUUGAAAACUGUUCUUCUUAUGUACACAACUAAAUUAUGUAAUGAUGCGCUCCAAUUUUGAAGAUGUCUCAUUAUUUAAAAAAAAUCGUUCAAAGUAUACAUUUUAAAUUUUCUCUAAAGAAAAAAAAAUUCAUUUCUGGAAUUGUGAACGGAAGGGUGAUAGAUUGUUGAAGCAUAUAUAGGGAUAUGUAAAUAUUAUAUGUUUGUUGAAAUGUUUGCUAUCGAAGUCUAUGAAUGCAUAGAUCCUGUAAUAUCAGUAAUAACUGAAAUUGAACACAACCAAUGACAAUGUACAUGCUGGUUACAUUAAGUAAGUGAUAUCAGAUAUCAAAAAAAAAAGAAAAAAAAAAGAAAAGAAAAAAAAAGAAAAACGUUUUAUUAACAUUAAUGCCCUGCGGAUUACUUGUAAGGUAUUUACAGAUUAAUACGAACGGAGUACAAUUACUAUUGAGUAAUUUUAUAUUGAACACUCGUGGCCUUGAACGAUAUAUAAAGAAAAACUAAAAACAUUGAAGUAAAUAAUACUAUCCACUUACCUUAAAAUCUCAUGUGAAUAUUUUUAACGACAAUAUAAACCUUAUAGACAAAAAAGUGUGCAACAUUUGUAUUGUUUUAUACUGCAUUAAAACACACUGCACGGUCUUCGUAAGUCUGACCUUGCAACUUUUAUGGUAAGAGAUUCGGAGAUUUUGCGUGUCAGAUAUUUGUUUUCUAACUUUUCAAACAAAAUAAAAACAAAGAAAAAUUGAACUAAAAAGUCGAAAAUCUUAAAAUAAUCUCUGCCGAUUUCUAUUCAACUUAAAUGAAAUUGGAUAUUCUUAACAGAAACGACUGAAAAUCUGAUGUACCAUUCAAUGUGUAAUAUUAGUAUUGUCUCUACUACCACUAUUCCUAUUAGUAUUACCAUUGCCACACUACAAAAAAAGAAAAAGAAAAGAAAACAGAAAAAGAUCACCAAGACCACCACUAUUGCUACAAAUAAUAAGGCAUAAUUGAAUAAUUAUAGAUAUUUUUGGAAUAUAUUUAAUAUUAAUAUUUACAAUUCAGUAGCGUUAUUAUUAUUAAUAUUAUUAUUAUUAUUAAUAUUAUUAAUAUUAUUAUUAUUACUAUUAUUACUACGAGUUAAUGUUAGAAAUAUACUAAAGCAACGGAUUUUAUAGCUGUCCUUUUCUAUUCGGAACGAGAAGCAAGAUGGUAUAUUAGAAAUAAUUUAUGCAAAAUUAUCUAUAAAAAUGAACGAAGCAAGUUGAUAUUUUUUUUAUUUUAUUUUCAACAAUUGCUUCAGCUUUUAUCCGUGGCGCAAAAUUUAAUAGCAAUAUUAAUGCAAGACAUUCCACAAAAAUUUGACGAAAAUAGUCGUUUAUGAAGUUCGUCCAUCAUUAUAUCGGAUUAAAUAUUGAAAUUAAAAUAUAAUAUUAUGCCGGAGAUAUAAAUUAGCAUUUUUUUCUAAAGCUUAAGUUGAGUUUGUCACUCUUGCUUUUCUUAAAAGUCACACAUAGUAUGUAACCACAAUUACUUUAAUUGAUUGUCUUUUAGAUCGCGUAGAAAUGCGAGUACGUCGAUCUGAAGAAUUAUCGAAAUUUUAUUCAUUAUUAUGCCAAGCUCUGCAGUAAAAAAAAUUCGAUAUUUACCAGUAGACUUGCUUACUCAGCACUAUUUUAUUCAAAUUUUCAGAAUAUUAAAAACUUGACAGAACACAUGUAAUUCCAAGUUCGUUUGACAAUUUUUCAGUUUACCAUUUGAAGAGAUACGAGAACAAAUAAAUCACACAAAAAUAGAAUAUAAACAAAAACAUUUUACAUCAUAAGGCGUAAAUCAAUUGGAUUGUAAGGCAAUUUAGGUAUUGGUCAUUGUGUAUAAAGCAGAUAAUUAUAAAAAUAAUAAGUUUCUAUUUUUCUUGCAAUUGAACAAAAAUUGAAGCAAACACAUAUGUUGAAAACCAAAAAAAAUAUAUGACCACACCUAUGCUAAGGUAUUUCUAUAUAUUACGAACUCAAUAAAGUUCAGGUGCAUGUAACGAUCGCAAUUGUCUUUUAGUAACGCUAAUGAAAAAUUGGAACUAAUUAUUGUAGAUUUCUCUACUUUAUACACAUAUAAAAAUUGGAAAUUAUUUUCGAUGCACACAGGCCAGGGCCGAUACGCACAGGGAAAACCUAGAAACCAGGGUACUUGGGGGAAUCCUGGAUUCGAAAAAGCGUAUCAAUCCUGAAAGACCCGAAUUAGUUCUGUGCGGAGUUUUAAAUGUUUUCUCAACUUUAUGGUUUUAGCUAAAUAUAGAAAACACAAAAGUUUUACGUGUUAUUGUAUUUUAGUCGACUAUAACCAUAUAUAAGUCUUUGCGCUACUCUCAUCCACAAGGUCCUAUGAACACCUUACGAGCGAAAAAAAAAGUUGAAUUUUAACAUAUUUCAGUGAAAAGAGGCCGUCGAGCCCCCCGAUUUCUCAUUUAGAUGAAGUACAAUGUAUUUCUAAGUAUGCUUUAUUCACGAAAUCAUAACGAACAUUUACACAGCUAUAGAAGCUGAAUGAAAGUUUCAAAUUCGAUAUACAAAAAAAAAAAAGAAACACUUUUACUGUAAUAAGGUAGAGUUUCUUAUGCUCGUAAGCUAAAUUAUUCGUAAGGCUGAUGAGAAGUGUUAAUACCCCAUUUACAUACCCCUUAUGCAAACGCAAGAGAAGAACCAUACCUUUUAUAUUGUUAUUAAUUUUUUAAACGCAGCGAUAGGUCUCCCGAUCCCCCUUAGCAAUGAUCUGCUUAAUCUAAUCAAGGGCUCUGUAGAAACAAUAAUACAUCUAGGUACAUAUUCAGUAAUUAUUAUCCCUUUACAGAAAAAGUUUGUCUUUGUUCUUACUGCGUUGAUUAUGAAUCAAGGUGCUAGAACACUGAGUUAUACAAUUUUUACACUAAAAAAAAAACAUGAAAAUGUAAAGAAAAAAGAAAAAAACGAGAAUUAAUAAUACGAUAGUACUUCACGUGCGAGCA